UUCUUUUUUAUGCAAAAAAUUUUAGUCUAAAAAUAAAAUCCCUAAAAAAAUUAUUUUCCUUUUUUAUCCUUUUUCUACCUAAAUCUAUUUUUGUUUUCCAUUUUGAUUCCUCUUGUUAAAAUUAUAAACUUUUCUUUUUUAUUCAAGUUGUUGAUUUUCAAUCUCUAGCUUUUUAUUUGCAGAAAUACCACUUCUAUACUGGUAAUUUACAUGCAAACAUGAAACAGCUUUAGUUAUUAAGAUUCUAAUGAAGGUGCUACAGAUAUCUUAAAAGAUCUAGGAGAAAGAUUUGCUUGACUUGCCAAUAGCAUAGAAGAAUUAUGUUAAUCAACGGGAAUUAAGAAUGGAGAAUGUGAAGCCUGUAAGGCAGCAUCCUGGUUCUCAUGUAUCAGCUUCUUCUUCAUCCGAUUCUUCUCUCGAACUAAGUACUCAUCCAAAGGAAUCUCUCGAACAAGAUGCUUCUCUGUCUCCUAGUCCAGCUGCCUCGUCUUUUCCGGAUGUUUCUUCUCAGGCAGCUCAAUGGAGCAUGAUGAGUAAUUCUCCGCGUGCUGAAACAGGAAAUAGUCCGUUAUUUCCCGAUCCUUUUCCUCAGAAUCUUGAGCCAAUGAAAUCCCCUCCGUCACAUACUAUGAUAGAUCAUCCUCCAGGUUAUGAUCCUAAUCGUAUUCCAAAAUCCAUUUUUUCAAGCAAGCCUACCGGAGCGGAAUGGAGUACUGCAUCAAACGAGUCAUUGUUUAGCAUUCAGAUGGGAGCCAAUAGCUUCUCUACAGAUUAUUCUUACUUGGUACCUAAAUCAGGAGAACUUAACAAUCCAUAUUAUGCAUCUGAAGUUAAAUCCAAUGACAGUAAGAACUUAUCUUCCCCCCUUCCCCCUCUCAUCGAAGUAAGCAGAGAUAACGAGGGAAAAAAUGCAACAGCUUCGGAAGGUACCGGUAUACAAGAGAAGAAUGUCGAGAACCCCAAAGUGGUCUCGGAGGAAAAAACUGUGAAUAAUAUCAAAGAAAAGACAACUAAUGUCAUUGAAGAGCCCGCUGCUACCACCUCCAACAGACCUGAUGAUAAAGUUGUUCCUCCAACUGAGGCGACUCGUAUAUCUUCACCUGUUCAUACUUCUUCACCUUGCCACUCCGAGGCGAGUGGAAAUAGCAGCAGUUCCUUUGCUUUCCCAGUACUAGUAAAUGAUGGUGCGAAAAGCAAAUCGCUGAAAGGUGCCUCCGAGAAAGUAGAGAAACCUCAACCACAACCUCAAUCUCAACCUCAACGAGAGUUCCAACCUGAAAAUCCACCACAACAAAAGCAAUCGGAAUCACAGCCUAAAGCAGCAGAGAAAAGUUGGUGUUCAUGUUUCAGUUGUUGGCCUCGCUGUUGUUGAUAUAUGUUUCUCUGUCCUUUAUACAUUGACAAGAAUGACUAAAUCAUUUGCACUUCACCAAUCACACUUCUUGAGGAGAACUGGAAAUUAGGACUGGUCUUCAUGGUUAAUCUUGAAUUUUCUUUCGGCAUGUGAGAGCAAUCGGUUUGGAAUCAAAUCAGGAGAGGUCAGUCUAACAAAAUGGUAUAUAGUCUUGAUGAAGAAGCUUUGCUGAUAAUAUAGAGGUGUCUGAAGAUCCUUUAUAUUGUAAAUGUUGACCGGUUGAUCUUCUUAAAGUCUUAACAUUGCCCUCUCAAGAAUUGUGUGGUGAACAUGUUGCAAUGGUCUUAAUUAGUCACCUUGAACUGAUCUUGGCUAAGGAGUUGUUGUUUUUCAGCUAUGAGAAAAUUGUACAACUUUGUAAGGGAGGAGAUUCUUUUUCUAGGAUGAAUCUUUAUUUGCAGAUUCUAAUGGCCAACCCCUAGCGCAGGCCAGGUCCAGCAGUAUCCGGCACCAAGUCCAACCCAAACAUGCCCGAUUGGAUGGCAUGGCGUUCCAUUAUGGGAUGGCAUGAUGUUCCAUCACAGACGCCUUUUGACACUGUCAAGACCAGAUCAACCCUCAAUGGUCAUUUGGCCUGAGAUAUCAGUAACAAACUCCCUAAAAUCCAAGGACAUGGCUCUGCCCAACUCUCUGCCAUCGCCUCCAUUUUGGUCGGGUCAUUUGGGCAUGUCAAUCCACUGUAUAAGGGGGAUCCUUCAGCAUGCAGAUUGAGGGACACUAGAAAUUUGCUUACUUGAAUCUCUCUGAGUCUCUCGUUGUUAUAAGUUCUCUUUGCUGUAAAACACAUUGCUGAACCUAUUUAGUUUUUAUCUUUUAUUGGCCGCUUUAACACACCACUGUAACUCUCCUAGCUCGGAGAUGCACUACUGUAAUAAGAACUUGUUGCCGCUUUCUUUUUAAUCUGUUGUCCAUCAUUCCUUACAUUACUUCUUUUCUUACAUUUUAACGCUAUCAGUGCUU